ACUAACCAGGUUAUAACAAUAUUCAUGCAGUCAACAAACACCCCAUUCUCACAUAUCCUUGUCUGUCGUUACUUCUAUACAUGCUGUCUAGCUACCGUUGAGAGAACUGAUGGAAAACAGUAAAAACGAUGAAGAACUUGGUGAUAUUCUCUUCUAUGCAAGGUUGCGACUGGUUGCAAGAAUUAUUGAAACACGAAUGGCAAAUGGUGUGUGAAACGCUCUGCAAGUCAGCUGACAUGCUAGCUGAUUGUAGUCACUUCCAUAGCUACAAUACCUACCAUGUCAACCAAUGCUUGCAUAAAAGGUCGGUCUGAGCUCAUCAUCCGGCACCCCAACCUUUGGUGCAUUGGCCCGCAGAAGCACAAAGCGAAAGUCACGAAAGGGCCCAAAGAACCCUCUGACAUCGAUCUCAAUUACCUGCCCAUGCUCAGAUGUCUCAGCAGAAGACAUCCUCGCUCAAAACUUAUUUUGACGAGCUAGAAGAGACCAACGGCGAUGACGAAUGCAAGGCCUGGUUAAGUAGAGCUUUUGACUCGAAAGUUGAACUGGCCGCCUUCGUCGCCGGUUCCUUCAACAUGAGCUUCCGCUUCAGCUUCGACGAUGGACGGCCGGAUGUCAUUAUUCGGUUUCCAAAGCCCGGGCACACGGCUACCGCUUAUAGGGACGAAAAAAUCGUGAAUGAGGUUGAGUUCAUGGAAUAUCUCCGCCAACACACUGAUAUCCCCAUCCCUCGUGUGCACAGCUGGGGCCUAACUGCCGAGAGUCCGCAACGCCUUGGUCCAUUCAUCAUCAUGGAUUAUGUCGAUGGUACACUUUUAUCGACUAUCUUGAAACAACCCGAUCAAGAAGAUAUGGUACUGAACCAGAACGUCAACAGCACAACACUAGACAAGAUCUAUGAUCAAAUUACCUCAUACAUGUUCCAGCUUUCUCGACUGACGUUUACUGGUAUCGGGACCAUCUCGAGGGACCGUGGUUCAAGUGCUACAUGGAACGUUGCCGGAAGACCUCUAACGUACAACAUGAACGAGUUAGCCACUGUCGCCGGCUACCCUGUUGAACAAUUUCCAAACGCGCCGUUUGACCGCGCAAGCGAUUUUCUGAGGUCGGUCGCAAAUGAGCACUUGACCCACCUUCGGACCCAGCGCAACCUUGCCGACGAUGCUGAAAUCGCUCAGCAGCGGUUCAUUGCCCGUCAUCGGUUCGCGCAGCUGAUUUCAAAGUACUAUCCCGAGGACUGCGGGCUAUCUAUACCCUUCUGCGACGACAUGCGACCCUCAAAAAUGCUUGUCGACCCAGAAACACUCCAGAUCACCGCCGUUCUCGACUUCGAGUACACGAAUUCCAUGCCAGCGGAAUUAACGUAUGAUCCGCCCUGGUGGCUGUUGCUCUCUGGGCCAGAAAUGUGGCUUGAGCACUGCGCGAUGGAUGAGUUUGUGACUCUUUACGAGCCUCGAAUGGAGCAAUUCUUGCGAGCGUCAAACAACCCAGUAGUGGACCGCCUCUCUCUGCCCGUAUGCGAUUCAUGGAGGACUGGGCGAUUUUGGUUCGACUAUGCGGCAAGAAAGAGCUUCGACGUAGACACCAUCUAUUGGGCUGCAUUGCAUAAUGGCGAUGACGAUGCGGGGGUUGAGUUGCUUGAUGAUAAGGCGCGUGCAGAGAUGGAGCUAUUUACGCAGACUAAGAUGGAGCAGUUGAAGGCAUAUAAGGAGGAGUGUACUGCUCGCUUUUCAUCGGAGACAUAG